AUGGACCGCGGCCGCCCGGUGAACAGCCCCGAGAGCGCCAGUGCUGAGCCCGGGCCCCCGGCCACUGUCACCCGCGACUCAAGCCCGGGGCGUAUUGGGAUCGGAGCGCGCUCGGGAGGCGGCCGGCCGGCCGCGGCGAACGCGGCGCGGGAGCGCAGCCGCGUGCAAACCCUGAGGCACGCCUUCCUGGAGCUCCAGCGCACGCUGCCGUCGGUACCACCCGACACAAAGCUAUCCAAGCUGGACGUGCUGCUGCUGGCCACCACUUACAUCGCGCACCUUACCCGCAGCCUGCAGGACGACGCCGAGGCUGCGGCGGAUCCUGGUCUGGGAGCUUUGAGUGGCGAUGGCUACCUGCACCCAGUCAAGAAAUGGCCCAUGCGAUCAAGAUUAUACAUUGGUGCUACUGGUCAGUUUCUGAAGCAUUCGGUCUCUGGAGAAAAAGCAAAUCAUAGCAACACUCCAACAGACUCACAGCCGUAGGGACUCUCAUGGUGUUAGCUGGUAGAA